AUGCCAGUAUCUGCAGUUGUUGGUGAAUCAGCUUCGUCUGAUGAUAUAGAACAAGGGGAUGAAGAUGAAAAUGAUAAUGAAAUAAUGGUAAUGGAUCCAAGAAAAUAUUAUAGAAUGUAUUUAUUACGAGCAGCUGCAUUUUUACAUUCAUCAAUUGCAUUUUUAAUGAUGAUUAGUUAUUAUAAAUUAAAAGCGGGUAUUCGAGCUGAUGGUGGUAGUACUGAUGAACUUGAGUUACGUAAUGGUGAUUCACUAGAAUUAUAUCGAAUUGUUUUUGAUAUAACGUUAAUUUUCUUUAUUAUUGUCAUUCUUCUUCCGAUUAUUCGAGAUAAUAUUGAAUCGAGAAAUUUUUUUUUUUUGUUUCAUAUGUUCAAUAAUAAUGUUUUAGGUUUGAUUAUUGAUGCUUUUGAUGAUCUUCGUGAACAACUUGAUUCAGUGGAAGAAACACUUGAAUCAAAAUGUUUUAAUUGA